GUUGUUCCUUUCAGGUAACUGAAGAGCUUGGGACAAUCUUGGCCUGAUGAGAGGUGGUCUCCAUGUCAGCAUUGCUUUCUACCUCCUCACCAAACAUCAAGUGAUGGCAACAGGUGUGGGUUGAACUCCUGUCCAGAAGCAGAUGAAAACAUCAUGCUGAAACAUUUCACAGAUGCAGAAGACAGUGGAGGAACUGAAGGAAGUAGGGGCCAGCAUCUGGGAAAGAGGAACUGCGGGAGUUUUGCUGAACAUUUGAAGCCAACUUUUGAUCACACAGAGAAACAGGGAGAGGCCAUCUCAGAGAGCCCAGCCAUGGACAUUGUGGAGCGUAUUCUGGAAGUUGCGAAAAUCAUCUAUGGCAAAUACCAGAACAUGAAGUACUGUAAGAAGCAGAAAGAGCGCCUUAUAAAGCGCAUGGAGAUCCUCCUGAGACCUAUUGAGCUCCUUCGGGCUCAGUCCAUCAGAAACCUGUCCCCCAGUCUGAAAUGGAUGCUGCAGGACAUGUUGAACCUUUUGCUUGAAGCCCAGGAACUCUUUGACAAGUACAAAAGCCAGAACCUGCUGGAGAGAUUUGUGAAGGCUAGCGACAUGCUGGAAGAGUUUGCAGAUCUGAACGAGCGCUUUGGAGAUAUGGGUCAAGGGCUUUUGCUACAGCUCCAGGUGGAGCAGAAGGUGCUCGUUAGCUUUGAGAAGUGUGUAGUGAGCAAGGAACGCUGCCAAGAUCUAGCGGAAGACAAAGUUUGCUGGAAGGAGAUGCUCAAAGGGCAGCAGGACGAUACUCAUACAGAAAUCACAGAGAUAAACAAGCACUUUUUAACGAAGAUGACCUUUCUGAUGGAGAUGAAAGACCACAUUCUGUACAAAGGCGAAUAUUACAAAAGUCCCGUGGCCAUCAAAGUCUUCAAAAACCCUUUGACCAUCAACACAAAGGUGCCAGGUUCGGGGAAGAAGCCUGUCCAGCUACUACUCCACACAUCUGCAUAUGUGUUGUACAGAAAAGGGAGAACGAAGGACUGGGAAGCCUCAGCUGUCACAGGAUGUGACAUGACACUCUUGUUGCAGAAAACGUAUUGCAGAAAGGCGCCUUAUGGGAAGGUGAGGCAGAUCUUUGAGGAGGAGAUCAGGACGCUGAAGAGUCUGGAGUCCUCCUACAUUGUGCGCCUGUAUGGGAUCUGCAUUGAUGAAAGUGGGCCAGUCCCCCAGUUCUCCAUCAUCACCGAGUAUUGCGAAAAAGGCACCCUGAGGGAUGUGUUGAAGAAAGAACCUGACAUGCCUUGGAAGAUUCGCACAGAGAUGGCUUCAGAUGCUGCCGCUGGGCUGUACAGGUUGCACCAGACAGGAGACAAGUGCCAACUACAUCGUUGCAUCAACAGUUCCAAAUUCUUGGUUGCCAAGGGCUACUGUGUAAAGUUGUCAGGAUUUAAAUUGGACCAAACAGAGUCGUCUAUCAGUCGAAAAAAGGAUAAAGUCCCCAGGGAGGUCUCUUCUUUAGCCUACAUCUGCCCAGAGGGCCUGGCAUCCCUACACCAUCCGUACAACUUGGCUAGUGAAAUAUACAGCUUUGGGAUCGUGCUGUGGGAAAUCGCAACUGGGAAGGUCCCCUUUGCAGGCUGCAACUCUCAAGAAAUCUACAAGAAGGUUUAUAAGCAAAAGGUUCAGGAGCCUUUAGGAGAAGAUUGUCCCCCCUAUUUACAGGAAAUCAUCAACCAGUGUCGGAACUAUGACCCUUCCAAGCGUCCAACUGCUGAAGUCAUUGUGAACCAGCUUCUCAUUGAGGAGUAGCAGCCUGACUUCAUGAGUGGAAAUCAGUGAUGUCAUCAUGGAAACAGCAGUUAUUGAAGGGAGAUACCGCAGCAUCCCUUAUGCGUGGAGACUGCGCCCAUGCAGUGAAGGAGCAACUGAAACGCCAGAACGUGAUGGACUGUGUUGCUCCCUCUAGGCUGGCACUCGCCAGGACUUACGAUUCCCACUCAUCACCACACAUUCUGGUUGCUCUGAUUCUUUCUCUCAAGUUGCUACACUCAGACCUAUCUGAUUCUACUCCAGUGAUUACAGCCAAAUACUGUUCCAUAGUUUGUACAAUAUGCCGUAAUUUUUCUUCAGACGCCUAGAUAUUUUGUUUGGAAACCUUUCAAAUGCAGCUAUCCAUUUAGUUUCUACUUUAUAUCAUUGUUUUCUGUCCUUACUGUCAGUUGAAUCUUAUUUCUGCCUCAAUUUCAUUAGCUGCCAGAGUUAUUUUAACAGUGUAGAUAAAUAGGUGCUAUAACUGGAUUCUAACUUUUAGUUUUGAAACCAUAAUUAUUCCUUAUGUAUUGUCCUUCCUUGUACAUUACAUCACUACAUUUUUUAAGAUGUAAAAUAUUAAUUACAAUUUUUCCAUGACUUUCAGUAUAAUAAUGAUUUUAUGUAUUUUAGACUGGUAAUUUUACCAUUCUGUUAUUCUAAACAAUCAUUUAGCUGCCUUAUAUAAAUUGUAUUAUAUCUUGCUACAGGUAGUCCCCAGUCUAGGAACAAGUUCCAUUC